AUGGGUGCCUGCUGCAGCUGUCUCGGCUCCCGCCUGGGCGACGGCGCCUCCAACCAGCUCUUGCUCCAGGAGAACGAGCGUGACGCCAUCCUGGCCCUUCUCAGCUACCUCGAAAACCGCAGCGACGUCGACUUCUUCUCCAACGGGCCGUUGCGGGCGUUGCUGACGUUGGUGUACCUGGAGAACAUCGACUUGCAGCGACUGGCGGCGUUGGCGUUCGCCGAAAUCACCGAGAAGGACGUUCGCGAAGUCAGCCGCGACGUUCUCGAACCGAUUCUCAUCCUCUUACAGCUGAGCGACGUCGAAGUGCAACGGGCGGCGUGUGGCGCCUUGGGCAAUUUGGCCGUCCACCCCGAGAAUAAGAUCUUGAUCGUGGAAAUGGGCGGGUUGGAGCCGUUGAUCCGCCAGAUGAUGUCGCCCAAUAUCGAAGUGCAAUGUAACGCCGUCGGUUGCAUCACUAACUUAGCUACUCAGGACGAUAAUAAGCUGAAGAUCGCCAAGCUGGGAGCGUUGAUCCCGUUGACGAAACUCGCUAAGCUGAAGGAUAUUCGCGUCCAACGUAACGCUACUGGCGCGUUGCUUAACAUGACCCACUCCCACGAAAACCGUCAGGAAUUGGUCAACGCCGGCGCCGUCCCCGUGCUCGUGCUGUUGCUUGCUCACGAAGACACUGACGUCCAGUACUACUGUACCACUGCUCUUUCCAAUAUCGCCGUCGACGAAGCUAACCGGAAGAAAUUGGCCACCACCGAACCCAAACUCGUGGGCCAGUUGGUUAACCUCAUGGACUCGCCGUCGCCCCGGGUCCAGUGCCAAGCGACGCUUGCGUUGCGUAACUUAGCCUCGGACCUGGGCUACCAAGUGGAAAUCGUCAGGGCCGGCGGGUUGCCCCACUUGGUGCAAUUGUUGACCUGCAACCACCAGCCGUUGGUGUUGGCGGCGGUGGCGUGUAUCCGCAACAUCUCCAUCCACCCGUUGAACGAAGCCCUCAUCAUCGAGGCCGGGUUCCUCAAACCGUUGGUGAGCUUACUCGACUUCAACGAGCUGGAGGAGAUCCAGUGCCACGCGGUGCUGACCCUCCGCAACUUGGCGGCGUCGUCGGAAAAGAACCGCACCGCCCUUCUCGCCGCCGGCGCCGUCGACAAGUGUAAGGACUUGGUGUUGCUGGUGCCGUUGCUGGUGCAACUGGAGAUCCUGGCGUGUUUCGCCAUCUUGGCCCUCGCCGACGACUUGAAGCCCAAGCUCUACGAAGCCCACAUAAUAGACGUGCUCAUCCCCCUCACCUUCUCCGACAACGGCGAAGUCUGUGGCAACCUGGCGGCGGCAUUGGCCAAUUUAUGUUCCCGGGUGCUGAACGAACACAAGCUGUUCAUCUUGGACAACUGGCUGCAGCCUAACGACGGCAUCCACGGGUUCUUGGUGCGGUUCUUGUCGCUGGGACUGGCGACGUUUGAGCACAUCGCCCUCUGGACCAUUCUCCAGUUGUUGGAGCUGAACAACACCGAGAUCAACUCAUUGAUCAAGGACAACGAGCAGAUCUUGCUGGGGAUCAAGGAGUUGCUGGCGAUGCAGCACCAGGGCCACCUGGCGCAGCCGGGCGACGAGAGCUACGACGACCCCAAGGUGGAGUUGUACAACUUGACCCAACAGAUUUUGCAAAUCUUGGGCUAA